AUGUCGGAACUUCUUAGUGUUGGAGUUAUUAAAGAAAUGUUUGAGGCCGUCAGCGAGGACGGGCCAAGACCAGAGAAUCCAGUGCUUCAGGUGGUAGCAAGUAGUGAAUUACAACCAAUUAUCGGUAAUCCAUUUCCUGGCCAAGACACUGUCACCGAACGUUCUAGACCUUUGGCAAACCCAAAUCCUCAAUCUUUAACACCACCACAUCAUCAACCUUUGGCACCACCAAAUCCUCAAAUUUCUCAACAACCCUCCCCAACGUUUCCGAGAUCUGUAUCUGGCGUCCAGCAACAAAUGGGACCACCUACACCUACCUUUAACGGAUCUACUUUUAAUGGAGGAAAUGUUAUGAGAUCAAGAGUAACAGCUUUUGGGCAACAAGUAGACGCCUUUUACGAUAAAUUGGAGGAAGGAAAAGUUAAUGUGGCUAAAAAAAAUUUCUCGCCGGUUAAGAACGAUUAUGAGAUAUAUCUUGAGAGUGGAUCUAUAAUUGAAGAGGUUGCUAAUAGGAAUCCAACUGACCUUAUAAAGUUUGACUUUGUUCGAAUUGAGAAUAUAUCACAAUAUGAAAAAGAUAGUAACAUUGAUGUUAUAGGUCGAAACCUUUCGGUAUUUAAUGGUACUUCGUUUCUUGUCGAUGUAGAUAUCAAGGAAGCGAAAGAAUUACGUGAUUGGUAUACUUCACGAGAGGAAG